GGUAAGUAAAAAAUAGCUAAUUAGGUAAGAGAGCAUCUGUCAACGCCUCCCAACGCAGCACGUAGAGCACACACAACAGGUACAUCUUGGUUAUGUUUGGUGCGACGCCUGGAGCCACAGAGGAUGCACAGACAGGAUCGUGUCAGGAGGAUCGCCGUAUAAAAGCUGCAACCGAGCAUAAAUCACGUAACAGUCGGAAUAUCUUCCCACAACAGAGUGGAAGGACAAUCCGGGGGGAAAAACAGCUUGUUGUGCUAAAGUGUGUUUGUGAACGUAAAAAUCUUCCGUGUAUCAAAGAUGCAAGCCAACACGAUCGACAUUAUGGCGAGUGACCAGCUCAGUGGUGCGUGGAACGCGAUCCCGUACGGUUACGGUGAUUACAGUGUUCCGGUGACGGAUUGGAUGACAUCCCCAGCGACGAAUCUGGAAAGUGCUCGCCCCAACAGUGAAUCGACGGUGCAGCAAAACAAUUUCUUCCAAUCGAUGGCCGGCAGAGACCGGCUGCAGCGCGUCACUCCGCAAACUUCCUCGCCGAACCCAGCUUCCGACGCUGAUCCUACCGAAAACAGUUACCUUCACGCGGUACCGUACCAUUAUCAGCAUCACCAUCAUCUUCACCAGCAGACAGCGAGCCAUGGUUCAAAUCAGAACGUGCAACAAAAUCACCCGCAGAAGCAAUCACAACCGAUGAGGAAGGAUUCCCCAGACGGCGCACGAUUGGUACCGUACGGGUAUUACACCCAACCGGGACGUACAUUGGCACCGGUUGCACCCGGAUCUCCGAUGCCGCAGCCAAGCUUAUAUCCUUCGCCACCGGGUCCGGUGCUUACCACCGCGGAAGAAUCCAACUACAACAGUAAACAGUUCGGUGGUAUGGUUUACAUGAACGGUAACCAUGUACCGGCAUCGAUCGGUUAUACCGGCUAUACCGAUCCUUCGCUGACCGGCUUAUGCAGUGGGCCAGGUGGCAACGAGCCUUACCACCAACCAUACAGCGUGUCCUCCAUGGGCCACUACGGCGAAAGUUCACCAACCUUCCCGGGCAUGGGACUGGCAACGGUGGAGUCAUCGUUUCCGGCACUAAAGUACGACGCUUGGAAUUUGGAACCGUCCGUCAUUCAACCGUUGAUGUCGCCGAUGGAACAGCCGAUAGCGAUCAAGCAGGAGUACAUCUCGUCAGCCUACCACAGUCCGUCGCCGUCUACCAUGGCCAGUGGAAGCUGCGUCAAGAUGGAGCUUCUAUCCGACACAUCCCGAUCGCCUCCUCCGGGGAAUACUCACCUAUCGGAAGGGAUGCUGCCCCUGCACGGGUCCCACCCGUCUUCGUCCUCCGUCCUGCUAGCCACACCGAGCGAGAAGGCACCAAACAUCAAACCGAACGUCGCGUCAGUGAAGAAAUCUACGCGCAAAACCAACAAUUACGGGGACCAGUUUGCCUGUGUCGAAUGUGCGCGCACCUUCGCCCGGCAGUGCGGUCUCACCCAGCACACCAAGUGGCACCAUUCGGGCGAAAAGCCAUUCCGUUGCCUAACGUGCGGGAAGUGUUUUAGCGAGCAGAUUGCACUGGACGAUCAUCUCGAGCGGCACACGAGCACCGACAAACCGUACCAGUGUCAGCUGUGCCCGAAAGCAUUCUUCCACAAGAACGAUCUGCGCCGGCACGGGUUCCAGCACACCGGCAAGGCGCCGCACGCGUGCCGCUACUGCUCGAAAACGUUCGCCCGGAAAGAUCACCGCCAGAGCCACGAGGGUUCGCACGAGCGGAAAAUGCAGCGCAAGGAGCGGAAAGCGAAGAACACAUCGCGGAUGGCUGUUGCCGGUGGUGAACAGCAGCCACAAAUCUCGAGUAAUCCGAGUAACGGAACACGGUUAACGAUUUAGAGCGCCUAGUGAAUGUUUGUUAAUUUAUUGUAUAUUAAUUGUAUGGACUAAGAGACAUGACUUUUUUUUUUUGUGUGUACGCGAAUGUGAUUAUAUCGUUCAAAGCCGUUAGGACAUGUUGGUAGGUUUUAAUCGUAGGCAAAAAACAGACAAUCGGUUCAAUGAUCGUACCAAUAAACCAUUGUAAAGACUCGUACAAAACUAACAUAUACUAA